UAGAAAGAGCAAACGACGCACCUGACGCACCUGACGCUUCCCGUGGGAUUUGAGGGAAGGCCGAAGUCUUUCUUUUGUUCUAGCGUUUACACUGCUCGACCACUCCCUGCAGUGACUGUGUGAACUGAGGCUUCGCAUAUUCCGCCCUCCCUGGAGUUCUGACACACAACGCCCCAUCUCAUUGCCAUUGGGAAAACCACCUCGCCUGUUGUGGCAAACGGGGCAGUUUUAACCGUCCAACACCAUUUGUGGAUUUAUGUAAAAGUGUCAGAAGCUCAGGAGAGCGAGGGGACGUGAAUUUCAGACUUUCGGACACCGAUCUCCCGGGUUCACCUGUACAGUCAUGAAGGCUUUUUUCCUGCUUGCCACAUUGCUGUGGUGUUUAACAGCGAGUUUCUCCUGGGCAGCUAAGAUUGUGGUGGUUCCUCCAAUUAUGUUUGAGAGCCACCUUUAUAUUUUUAAGACCCUGGCCUCUGCUCUCCAUGCUGAGGGCCACGACACAGUCUUCCUGGUCUCCGAAGGUCGCGAGGUCCCACCUUCCAACCAUUAUCGUCUCCAGCGCUACCCUGGAAUCUUCAACAGCACCUCAGCCGAUGACUUCCUCCAAUCAAAAGUUCACAACAUUUUCUCAGGGCGUCUCACAGCACUGGAGCUUUUCGACAUCCUGGACCAUUAUUCUCAAAACUGUGAUGCCGUUGUUGGGAGUGCUUCUGUCAUGGAGCAGCUAAAACGUGAACAGUUUGACCUCCUGCUCGUUGAUCCUAAUGAAAUGUGUGGAUUUGUCAUAGCUCACAUCCUGGGUGUCCAGUACGCAGUAUUCAGCACAGGACUGUGGUACCCUGCGGAAGUUGGGGCGCCAGCACCCCUGUCUUACGUCCCAGAAUUUAACUCUCUAUUAACAGACCGUAUGUCAUUGUUCCAACGGGUAGCUAACACCGCAGUGUACCUGGUUUCCAGAUUUGGUGUCCAGUUCCUGGUUCUGCCCAAGUAUGAUCGCAUCAUGAGGAAAUACAACAUCCAGCCAUCUGUGUCCAUGCAUGAUCUAGUUCAGAAUAGUCGACUCUGGAUGCUGUGUACUGACUUGGCGCUCGAGUUCCCACGACCCACUCUGCCACAUGUUGUCUAUGUAGGUGGCAUCCUCACCAAACCCCCCAGCCCCUUGCCACAGGAGUUUGAAGCCUGGGUGAAGGAUACAGAUGAACAUGGUUUCGUAGUGGUGUCGUUUGGAGCAGGAGUCAAGUAUCUGUCAGAUGACAUUGCUCGGAAACUUGCAGGAGCCUUGAGCCGUCUUCCCCAGAGAGUCAUCUGGAGGUUCUCUGGAGUUCCUCCUUCCAAUCUUGGCAACAAUACUAAACUAGUGGAGUGGAUGCCACAGAAUGACCUGUUGGUCGAUGCAUCCUGUGCUUUGAGUUUGGAUUGCUCUGGAUUGCCAACCAGAGAUAACGACAAGAAAAAAAGUCUGAUACACAAAGUCGGUAGACAGAAUGGACCCAAGGCAUUUCUUCUCUAAGGACCCUCAGCUAUUCAACACAAACACUUACUUGUCUAAAGAUCAGCUGGACUGAACUUCAAGAUCAAUGACCCAUGGUCAACACUGUCACAAUAAACAACAGUUUAAAUUCCAUUUUUAAUCAGAGCCUGAAAUGCACUUACACACACUGUAUGCAGCUUUAUGCAUUAAAUGAAACCGUCCUGCCUCAUGUUAGUACCAGUGAGGGAGUGAUACUGUACACACCCCACCCCAUCCGUGAGAAACCUCGGAUACAUUUACAAAAUCGUAUGCAAAUGUCCCUUUGAUUUUCCUAUGUGUCUUUAAAUGUAUUUUUAAAGAGAUAUAAGGGUACAAUAUAAGCUAAUGUACAACUGGUAACUCUGAGAGGUCAAUAAAACUCUUUGUUCAUUGUGGCUCAUUCAGAGGAAGAAGUGUUAGCAUGUAUAGGGUAUAUAUGAGCGGAGUGGAGUGGGAGCAGAGCAAGGAGUGGAGCGGUGUGAUUUUUGACUGGAGCAAGGAGUGGAUUUUUUGAAAGUCGAAGCAUCUGGGUUUUCACUCGCUCCGAGAGAGCUCCUCUACCGCUCCAUCACGAGCAUAAUUAAUGCCAACAGCCCAUAAUAUAACUGCAUUUUAUCAGGAAUUCACGCAUUAAACAUCAUUAUCUAGCUUGACAGAUGAAGGUGAAUGUUAUAAUGAAGGCGAUGGACGAGUGUGGGAAAUUAAAUCUCAAGCAUGUUUGUUUGUAGCAUGUGGAUACUCAAUAUUAAUUGGGUGAAUUCACAUUUUAAACAGUUUAUUGUACAGGUGCACACAACACACAAGCUCGCACAGAUCGCGCGCACAUAAAAAUAUUCAGGAGUGCCAAAAAUUGUCAACGCUGUCCUGUGAAUUAGCAGCUUAAAAACGGAAAAGUUACUGCAUAUUCUUUCUGUUUCUGAAGUAACUACAACCCUCAGCUUUGCCAUAGCUGAGAGACGCUGCAUAGGCAACUGAAUUAAACAGAAUCAUUUAAUGUUAAACUAUUUUUCUAGUAUGGUGUAUGAAUUUUUCGUUUAAUAUAAUUUCUGAACAGAACUUUGUGAUAUUUCAAAAAAAUACUGAAAUACUUUAGCCACAAAUUUUGUCAUGGAGCGAAGGCGUUUCUGAUCAGUUGAGCGAGGAGUGGGAAAUGCUGAACCCGGAGUGGAGCUGGAGCUGGAGCGGAGUGAUUAUUGAAUGCUUGGAGUGAAGAGGAGAAAUUGUUGUCACUCCACUCCGUUCACAUUAGGGAGGGAUGAGUGGAAAGGCCAGGAGUGGCUCGUGUUCACACAGAAGCAACUGAAUAAAGAACUGCUUACUAUUAGAUCGAUCUUGUUAACCUUUAUUUUAAUAGAAUUAUGGCACUAUUUGUGAGGCACUUAUCACUAUUGUCUGAAUAUAAAAUCCCCAAUAUUAAUCUUUGGUGUGUAACUCAUCUCACUGUUUAUGCCAUACAAGAGGUGUGCCUUUACUUUUCUAAGCAUUCAAACUGGCGGAUGAUAAACUGA